CGAGGGCUGGAAGAGUGUGUUUAUACAUGAGUGAGAGCAGAAAGCGACAGGCGAGGCAGAGUGUGUGUGCGUGUGAGUCACACACUUGACCUAAAAUUUAUAACUCAGCAAAAAAAAUGAAGAAGAAGCUGCUGACAGAUACGUUAUAACAAUACUUGGUGUUGUGGAUUUAAAAGCAUCUGGAGUAUGAAACUAGUGGACUGAAGAAGAGGACAAAGCCUGGAGAUCAUGGACAAUGUGAGCACCAACCAAUCACAGCACACCAACUUCACUGAUUUAUCACAUAGAUCAUCGGAGUACAGUGAUGCAGAACUCGUGCUGCUCGGUGUUGCAAUGGCCAUUCUGGUUUUGGCCAUAGUUUUUGGUAAUGUGAUGGUGAUCACAGCCAUCCUACGAUUUCAGCGGCUUCAGACGGUCACCAACCUCUUCAUUGCCUCUUUGGCUGUUGCUGACCUCAUUAUGGGCGUAGUUGUGGUCCCCUUUGGCUCCACUUACAUCCUGCUGGGAGUCUGGAAGUUUGGAAACUUCAUGUGUGACUUCUGGACAGCUACUGACGUGCUGUGUGUGACAGCCAGUAUUGAAACACUGUGUGUGAUUGCUGUGGACCGCUACCUUGCCAUCACUUCGCCGCUUCGCUACCCAACACUGCUCACCAGGGGUCGGGCCUUUGCAGUGGUGCUGGGGGUUUGGAUAGUGGCCUCCCUCAUCUCCUUCCUUCCCAUCCAUCUGAAGGUGUGGGUGUCAACAGAUGAAAAAGCUAGCAAGUGCUUGGCUGCUGAGGACUGCUGUGAAUUCAACACCAAUGUAGCGUACGCUGUGUCGUCUUCAAUCGUAUCGUUCUACCUGCCGCUGGUGGUGAUGAUUUUCUUGUACUCCCGCGUAUUCCAGGAGGCUCAGAAGCAGCUGGAGAAGAUCAGAGGGAGGGAGAGGCACUUUUAUAACUUGCAUUACUCUGCACAGCUGGCUUAUCCUGAUGAUAGCCCUGCAAUGAAUAAACGCAGGGCAGGAAAUGAGGUGGGAGAGGUAGCAGGAGAGGACAGACUAAACAUGCAGAAACCGGGAGAUAUAGACAUCGGUACAGAUGAAAAGGAGGGAGAGAGCAGAGCAAGGACAGAAAAGGGAGAAGGAAAACACUCCACCACAAAGCGUCUUAAGUUCUGUCUUAAGGAGCAAAAGGCUGUGAAAACUCUGGGGAUCAUCAUGGGAACUUUCACUCUGUGUUGGCUGCCCUUCUUCAUCCUCAACAUCCUCAUAACCUUCCUCGACCUGGGGGACAUUAAGGUGCCCUUUAGACUCCUCAACUGGCUGGGAUAUUCCAACUCGGCCUUCAACCCACUCAUCUACUGCCGCAGCCCUGAUUUCAGGCACGCCUUCCAGGAGAUACUGUGUCUGAGGGGCAAAGGAGGAGGAAGAUGGGGCGGGAGGAGAGGAUGGGGAUGGUGCAGAGAGAAAGAUCACUACGCAAAGCCCCCACGUAGGCUGAACGCAGACCUGAAUGGCGUCAGGAGGCUGGACGUUCAGCAGAAGUCGGGGUGGAAGGGCAGUCUGGAGAGUUCCAUUCAAGACAGCUCACUGACUUUGGCUCCUCUUCCUACUUGCUGCGAGCAAGUUUUAGAUGUAGCUCCGGGUUCCCUGACCAACUGGCAGGCUAAUAGUUCUGUUAAUUGGAGUUGCAAGGAAAAUCUGGCAUCGAUAGCAUGAUAGACCUGUUAGAUUUCACAUUUUGUUGCAGCAAAAACCAAUUUGUUGAAGUUCAUGAUGUUGGCAUUUGGUUGAAUCACUCCUCUGUCAUUGUUGCUGCGUUUUUCCUUGUGAUCACUGCUCCUCUUUGAUGCUGGAGUUUUUUCAGGUUCCCUAAAUAACAGUUUAAAUCACAAAGGCACACAGGUGAGACAUAUUCAGCAGUGUCAGCUUUACAAGAAAUCUGACUUAUACUUUAAAAUAAUUUUUGAGGCAUCAUAUUGCAGCUUAUUUAGCUACAAAAAUUAGAUUGACGGCAGAUUGAGUGGUGCAUUAAUCACAAACACAGCAUAAGUGACACCAAGCAUUAUCAGCUUCAUCAAACUGGCAUUACUGCAGGAACAUAAUUAGAAAGAAACAGCAAAUGAUUGAAAAGGUUUUAAUGAUCGCUGGAUAUGAAACCAUCGAGAGUAAUGAAAGUAUCAUACAUGCUUGUUCAUUCCAAAAUGCUCCUUUAUUGAAAGCAGUCAGAUAUUAAAGAUAUGAAACUGCCAGUUUCUUAUUCUCCUGAGAAUUAUGGGUUAAGUGCCAUCACACACACAUACUGUAUUGUAACAUUCGAAUGUCUCGAUCUACUGAUUUGUAAGUGUCGUAGCGGUUGUCAAUGUUUAGCUGCGUUUUACUGUUUCACAGUUGAAGCAAUAGGUUUUGAAACCAUUCUGCGUUUUAAUCAUUGUAUAUUCAUAACGGACUCUGACUGAGCAGUUUGGAUGACUAAGAUUCAUGUCAGGAGAGAUUUUUCUGCAUUUUAAAGCUCCUGAAAGCUUGUCUUUUCUCAUAAUUGAAGCAGAGAGAAAAACAAAUGCAAAUACAGAAAGGUCCUGUGGCAUAACUAAAAACGUAGAGUGUUCCAGUAGGUUGCUGUCACUCAUAAUAUGAAGGGAGACAAAAGUUUUCAGGGCCUUUAAGGUGAAUUUUAAUGAGCAUUUGGAUGAAGUCUUUCUGAAAAGACACUGACUACCUAUGGCCAAGCUGCCACGUUAAUGAAGCCAGUUAAGCCAAACACACCCUGGUUUCCAACUAAACCCACAAGGCAGGAAGCAUAAGCAGGAAUUUAGCACCUCAUUUGCACUUCUAAUAACUUUUUCCGUCAGCAACAAAAGCACAAAC